AUGUCGAGCUCAGAAACUAUUGAGCAAUAUUUUACUCGUGUUACAGAUCUUGUCAAUAAGAUGAGAGUCUUUGGAGAAGAUAUGCCCGAUAGCAAAGUAGUGGAGAAAAUUCUUCGCACCAUGCCAAUAAAGUAUGACCACGUGGUGACUACGAUACUAGAGUCCCACGAUAUGGAUACUAUGACGAUUGCAGAGUUGCAAGGAACCAUGGAAAGCCACAUCAGUAGAAUACCGGAGAAGUCAGAAAAAUCAACCGAGGAAGCCCUGAAAAGCCGAGUGAAUUUCAACAACGUUGCAGAAUCAAGCCGUACACAAGUAGGACGAGGUCGUGGUUUUAAUUUUCAAAGUAGAGGCAAAGAAAGUUUCAGAGGUAGAGGUCGUGGCAAUUACAACCAAGGAAGUUAUAAUAAUUUUACACCACCUAAUCAAGGAAGAGGUGGAACGAAUUUCAGGCCUGUUAACUGA